AUGGUUUUUUGUGGUCGUGUUAACCCUACAACAGGGGCAGUAGAUUGGGUGGAAGAAGGCGAGGACUAUGAUUAUCACCAAGAGAUUGCCAGAUCAUCCUAUGCUGAUAUGUUACAUGACAAAGACCGUAAUGAAAAGUAUUAUCAAGGAAUCCGUGCAGCUGUGAAGAGAGUAAAAGAAAGAGGGGAGAAAGCCAUUGUUUUAGAUAUUGGGACUGGAACCGGACUUCUGUCAAUGAUGGCAGUCACAGCCGGAGCAGACUAUUGUUAUGCUGUUGAGGUGUUUACUCCUAUGGCAGAGGCAGCUAUGCAGAUAGUAAAAGCCAAUGGCUUUGGUGACAAGAUAAAAGUUAUCAACAAGCAUUCAAAAGAGGUGACACUGGGACCAGAUGGAGACAUGCUGCAGCGUGCCAACAUCCUCAUCACAGAACUGUUUGAUACUGAGCUUAUAGGAGAAGGGGCCUUGCCUAGUUAUGAACAUGCCCAGCAAAAUCUUAUGCAGGAGCGGUGGGAAGCAGUGCCUCAUCAGGCUACAGUAUAUGCGUUAGUGGUGGAAUCUCACAGGAUUUGGAGCUGGAAUAAGUUAUUCUGUAUAAACUUGGACCAUGAGCUCAUCCAGCCUCCAGAUGAAAUUCAGACCUGUCCUGGAGCUCCUUCAGUCUGUGAUGUACAGCUUAGCCAGCUAAACACAGAUGACUUCAAAAAACUCAGUGACGUUAUGGUCGUUUUCAGAGUGGAUUUCAGCCAACAAGUCAGCAGUUCUGCUGUCUGUCAUCCUGUGACAUUUACAUCUGUGGCCAGUGGUGCCGCCCAGGUUGUUCUGUCAUGGUGGGACAUCGAUAUGGACCCUGAAGGCAAAAUCAAUUGUACCAUGAAGCCAGGAUGGCUGUAUCCCACUGACCAUCCUGUCCCGUGGCGGGAUCACUGGAUGCAGUGUGUGUAUUUCCUGCCUGAAGAGAGGAAGGUUACUUUGGGAGAAGAGCUCUGUCUCACUGCUUAUCAAGAUGACUAUUGUGUAUGGUACAAGCUUAUAAAGCCUGGCCUGGAGAAGAGCAGCUCAGUUUCAGAUGAACGCCCGGUGUGUCACUGCGGAGCACAUAUCAUUUGGAACCGCACACGCUUUGGGGAAUUGAAUGACCAGGGAAGGAUGGUGAAGUAUAAGGAAGCCAUGAGCAAGAUCCUGACCCCAAGCUCUGUGUGCUUGUGUAUAAGUGAUGGCAGUUUGCUACCGAUUCUGGCUUAUUCUAUUGGAGCAGCUCAGGUUUACACAAUGGAGUCUUCUUCCAUAUCCAAGCAAGUCAUGGAGAAGCUUUUACUAACCAACCAUCUCAAAGAGGCCAUUCCAGUCCUGCAGAGAACACCGGAAAACAUUACUAUUGAUAACCUCGGGGACAAAAAGGUCUCCGCUUUGAUUGGUGAGCCAUUCUUUACAACCAGCCUCCUUCCAUGGCACAAUCUAUACUUCUGGUAUACCCGCACUGCACUGUCAGACAACCUAGCUGAGGGCUGCACUGUGUUACCCAUGGCUGCUUCUCUUUAUGUACUGGCUGUGGAAUUUAAGGAUCUUUGGAGGAUCCGGAGUCCGUGUGGAAUCUGUGAAGGGUUUGACGUCUCUAUUAUGGAUGCAAUGAUCAAGAAAUCCCUUGAUUUUCGGGAAUCGCAGGAGGCGGAGCCCCACGCUCUCUGGGAAUAUCCCUGCAGAGCACUUUCACAGCCAGUAAAGGUCAUGUCAUUUGACUUCCAGGAGACAGUCCCAGAUAAUGACAUGAAGUCAGAGGGCUCUGUGAGUCUAGUGAGGUUGGGAAGGUGUCAUGGUUUUGUACUUUGGAUGGAAUAUCAGCUCACAGAAGACAUUUCAGUCAGUACUGGCCUGUUGGAAGUGUCUGAAGAGAAGGGUGACUGUCAGUGGUAUCCACACAGCAAACAAGGAGUCUUCUUCCUAAAUUCUGUCCUGGAGCUGGGACCAUCUUCUACACAGACCUAUAGUUCUGUCUCUUAUCAGUUGACUUUCAGUCCCAAACUGGGGGACAUUCAGAUAAAUUUUAUCCCUAACUCUUAG